AUGUCCGAGGCCAUAUCAGCCGCGUUUGUAACAGCGGAAAGAGAGCUCUUGCAAAAGAAAUAUGUCAACUCGACGACCAUGAUCACUCAAGAGCCCAUCUCCAGCAUUCCGAGAGAGAACUUUUUCGUGACCGAGGAUAACUAUGCAUGGGACAUAGAAGAGCUAGUUCAAGCGCUUUCUUCCAAUUCGGGCGUAAUGCGGAAUCCACUCAGCAAGCACCUAUUCUCUGAGUCUGAUAUUCAAUCCAUCCUCGCUCAUCGCCUCGGACAGCCAUUGCGGCCGAUGCAAGAAGCACAACACCAUAUGCGCAAAGGGUUUCGCCCAGCAACUAUUGACUGGAUUGUGAAGCUUGGGCGUAUUAUGGUCCUAGACCAGAGCGAUGACGCCGGACCAAGUCGUGAUGCAAUAGACGAGUUCCUAGCGUAUGUAGCCACUUUACCUAAAACAGAGAGACGGGCCAUCGAUACCUUAAAGGUCCCUGCCAGCGAUCGACAUACGGGACAGGCGUACGAUUAUACAGUUGGCGAGUCUGUCAGGGAUGCGAAAGCGAAUACUACAUGUUUUCAUAAGGUCGGAGACUUUCUUUCACAAGCCGGCCCAUACCUUCGAAAACAAUGA